AUGUCAUCAUCUGCAUACUUGAUCGAUAGCAAUCGGACAUGGGAUUCAAACCAAACGCGAUCAUUACAGGAAGUAGCGCUAGCUCAUGGAGAGCCAUCGGCGCCUCACCAUGUAAACUCAGCCUCUGCUGCCCAGGACUGGGCUGAUACACCAGUCAAGAGGCCAUUUGGUCACAUUGUUCAUGAAAAUUCAGAUGGUUCUCGGGGUAUUCAACGACAUCUGUUUGAAUCAACGCCAGACUCUCAUGGGGUCUUUGAUGAAAGUGGGAAUGAUGACGACCAUGACGAUAAGCGCGAUACAAAAAGGCCACGCAUGGCCAUUUCCUGCUCUGAAUGCAGACGGCGAAAAAUUAAGUGUGACCGCAGCGUUCCCUGCAUGGCGUGUGUGAAAAGAGGUGUUCCUGGGUCGUGUAAAUGGGAAAAUACAAAGGUUGAACCAUCUCCACAACCUUUCGCUUUAAAGACUCAAGUGGAUGAACUACAACGGCGACUUGACACUCUCCAACAGACAUUACUAGUUUUGCCUUCGGAAAUUGCCAAAGCAGUGGCUGGCGCUCAGCAACAGUCUGGUAUAACACCACCUCAAUCGAACCGCCGCAUCGAUUCAAAUGACGUCACGAAGAUGCCUCGAGAAGCAUCGUCCAUUACAGCAGAAGUGAGCAGUUCCACGGCUGCAAGCUCAACUCAUCCCCGAGCCGUGAUUUCUACUCCAAAUAGUAAUCCAAUUCCUUCUUCCAACGGCGUUUCGAAGAGUGUUAAAGAUUUCUAUGAUGACGCAGCUGAAAAUGCAGCUGUGGUCCUGGAGAGUAUUGCCUUCAACCCUCAAGCAAACGAGUCAGGCAGUGGCCAAGGGUCAAUGACCUCCCACGAAUAUUGGAGAGGGAACAUGCUUACCCCUGCUUCUGGGGCAGCAUUAGCUGGGACUGCCAAAGAUGAUCCAAGUCGAAAGCAUGACCAGAACCAACAUCAGAGUCAUGAGUAUACUUCGGCACUUACUAGCGUCAUAGCACCACCAUGGGAUAUCACACUUGAUCGAUAUAAUCCUUUGUUGAUGCAACAACGAGGCUAUGAGUCGAAUAAUCACCAGGAGCUUCUCAAGCACAGAUUGGAUGCCAUGAAUAGCAUUAUCGAAAAUCUGCCAACCUUACGCCAGAGCUACUACUUAGCUGAGCAAUACAAUAAAAUCCUGCAUUGGCGGUCCCGCAUUCUACACUGGCCUUCGUUUCAAGCCGAGAUGAAUUACUUCUGGGAGAUCAUGGGACAGCAACGUCAUACUGAACUUGAUCCAUUAUGGUUGUCUAUUUUCUUUAUGGUGAUGGCCCUUGCACUUGACAAUCGACCAACGGGACCAACAAGUCCAAGUCACCCAUUUCACGGAUAUUCACAUCAGAGACUCGAUGAGCUCAUCAGUAAAUAUCAUGCAGUGAGCAUGAAAGCACUCUACCUUGGCGAUGCUAUGUCCACUCCACGAGUUAGAACUAUACAGGCAGUCAUCUUGUUUAACCAAUUCUUUCAGCUGUCAACUGCCUGGAGAAAAGCCGAUACCAUGCUCAAUUGGAACGCGUUGGCCAUUCGUACAGCCCAAUUGAUGGGUCUACACCGACUAGGAAGCAAUCCAGAGACAAUGCCUCCCGAUGACCCUGCCUGGCCACCUGGCAAGAAUGCCGUCAAGCGCCAUAUGGGACUUCGAGUCUGGAUGAUGCUACAAUGGGCUGAUUGGAUGUCUGCAUCCUCUCGUUUUCGAUGCUACACCAUUCACCUCGAUCAGUGUACAUCAGAACUAGUCGAUAAUGUGAAUGAUUGGGAGCUGUCACCGACAGAAUGGCAGUAUACGCCUCGGCCUGCGCACAUUGUGACAUCCAGCUCUUUUGAGGUUUACAAGUGGAAAAUUGCCAACAUGUUGCGGAUGACAUUUGAUAAGCUCAUUACUUAUGCGGAUGAUUUCUCCUAUGCUACCGUUUUGGAACUGGAUGCAGGAUAUCGGAAAAUUCUGGAGGGCCUGCCCGAAGCCUUUCUACGAGAAAAUAGUUUGGUCGAUAGUAACGACCCUAGAAUCCGUCGCCAACGCAAUAUUGCUCUGGAAGGGAUUCAUGCUCGCAUUGUUCGACUGAACAGACCAUUUCUCUCGCGCGGUUAUGCAAAAGGCUCCAAGUUCGCGAACUCCCGAGAUAAAUGUCUCCAAUCAGCACGCAUAGUGGUAGAUUGUCACUACAAUCUACGUGAUCUAACAACAAGUGGCUCGCUUUGGUUCGUAUAUUCACACACAUUAAGCUCCGCUAUGGUCUUAUUUUUGGAUCUUUUCUGGUCCAUUGAUAAUAACCUCCCUGCUCCUGAAAUCGACGAAAGAAGACGGACCAUUUACAUGGUUCAAGAAAUUUUCUCCAUGUACAGCGAGAUAACCAACACUCCACUCCGUCGCAUUGUUGAGUCCGCCUAUCGCAUUAUCAGCGAUCUUAUAUCUGAGAGCCAAUCCCGUCGAUCAGCUAAGGCUCUCAGUACCAACUCAUCCAACCAGCAACAGCCAAUCCCAAAACCCGCUCCCUUUUCCGAAGUCCUACGCCGCAUCUCCCGCAACAUGACUCUCGGCGCUCGCAGCUCCAGAGGCGACGAUCCCAGGUACACAUCCUCAGCAUCCUCACAAUUUCCACCUUCAACUUCCGCCCCCUAUAACCAACCACCUUUCUCAAAUGACAGUUCUGUCAAUGGCCCCGAACAAUUUAUGCCUCAAGAGUCUCUCGGUGCUGGAUUCUACUCGGCUCUCGGUAUGCAGAUGCAGGACGACUCUGAUUCCAAUUAUGCCAACACACUCUGGAAUUUCAACACAUCGCCUGCUGAUAGCCAGUCUGAUCUGUCGUUCCUUAAUGUGUAUCAAAGUGCGAGGCCGGACAUGCCAGAUCAAUAUGGCCUUUGGCAAUACUUUGUUGGGCAGGAUCUUCUUUGA